GUGGUUGUACUGACGGCGCUGCUGCUGCUGCUGCUGCUGCUGCUGCGGUCUAACUCGGCUAAAAACAUUAUUAGGCUCCUUGAAGCUGUUAGCAUGUCCCACACCGUCAUCACCAGCAGCACCACCGGCUGCUCCUCCGGGGAAAGCCUCCUCAACCUGGGAUACAGCCGGACCAUCCCGGGGCUGCUGAAGAUGGGCCAGCUGCUCUCUCUGCUCAUCGCCUUCGUGUGCGUCUGCCUGGCCGGCGGCUGGCCCUACUGGCACGCCCUCCAGUUCUUUGAGGUGGUGUUGCUGUGGUUCCUGGUGGCCUUCCUCAUCUUCUUCCUCAUGCACCUGUUCCGGCUGCAGACCAGGAUGCCGUGCAUCAACUGGCCGCUGACGGAGUUCUUCCAUUACUCUGUGGGGUCCGUCCUGCUCUUCAUCGCCUCCACCGCCGCCGCUGUGGGAUGCGGAGGAGUUUCUUCGCUGGUGGUGGCGUCGGUGUUUGGGUUCAUAGCGACGUUCCUGAUGGUCGUUAAUCUCUGGACGUCUUACAGCAUCGCCUGCGGCCCUCCUGGUGCUUCCAUGUAAAAGAACGACGCGUCAUGAAGAAAGCAGCUGCAUUCUGGUCAGUUUUCUGCCCGGCAACCACCUGGAUAAAGAACCUGAUUGGAUUAAAAAAGCUGCAGCGCUAAAAGGAAACUCUGCUCCGGGUCCAAACGGGUCAGACUGUCACAGUAAAAUCCUCUGAGCUGUAGGUGCUCUGUGUCACAAAACGCAUGACUUUUUUUUUUUUUCUUCCAUCCUCUGACAUCUAAAAUCUGCAGAACCUCCUGGCCGCGCCAUAAACCCAGAACCUCAGCCGCAGAUUGUCUCAUUUCCUCUGGUUGGUUGCUUGUUUUUCUGGAUUCUGAUCCGAACCGUCCUGCGGGUGGGGCUUUAAGCUCAGAGAAGCAGGUUUGGACGCUGGCUCUCAGAACGAUUGGCAUCAACUGUUUAACCCGUCCACCAUAUUUGGAGGGGAAACAUCAGGCAGGAGCAGGUUCAGGGGAACAGGAACCGGCGGUGGGUUCAGGAUCUUUCCAUCUGGACCAGCAGACAGGACCGCAGAGCGAUCCAGGAGAAACUGGAUCAGGAACAUUACUGAACCGUCUCCUUUGUUCUCUGUAGCAUGUUGGACAGAACCUUCAGGUCCAGCUUCUCCAGAACCAUCCAGAGCUGAGUGGGCGUGUCCCUCUGUGUUCCGAUUGGACCGAAACCUGUGUUUCCUCCAGCAGGGGGAGCCACCCUGGCUGGAAGGAGACAGCCUGACCUACGACUGGAUGGAAAAACAGUUUAGAUCCACCUGGUUCUGAGAACGACACCAGAACAGAAAGACGUGCUGAGGUCUGGAGGUCCAAACGGUUUCAGCAGGAACCGGAUUUAUGGUCCAUAAAAUCACAGCAGACGGUUCCUGAUGAAGCUCCUCCUCCUGUUUGAUUUCAGAACGGUUUACCCUCCCAAUAUGGCCGCCGCCAUGCAGCUGCUGUUGGUCUGAACAUUGCCAGACCUGCUCAUCUCUUCUGGAAAAUCUCAACAUAUUAUUCCCUUUAUUUGCUAUUAUUUUACAUUUCAUCUGCGAUCUAAAGUAGCUGAAAGUAGAAAACAAUCAUUGUACGUCUGGAAGGAAAGACAGACUGAGCUCUGCUAUUUAACAAGUUUAUUUUUAUUCUUUUUAUUCAGAUCUGAGGACAGAGGAGGACAAAAAGACUUUCAUAGAGAUUUUAG